AUGUGCUGGUGGUGCUGCAUGCGCGUACUGGAAAAGUGUUUGCCCCGUAAUGAUAUUGUACGGGAGCUAGCACCAUAUUUACAGCAUGUACACCAGGAUGAUACAGUGGAUGAUGAACCAAGGAGAGGUGGCGAGACGGCUGGUCCAUGGGUACGCUCACAGUCCCCAAGAGGGGUUGAUAAAGACUCGGCUACAUUGAGUGACUCAUUGCGUCAUGUGAAAGUUAGCUACCCGCUUCGUCAUAGUUUAGACUGUGAGCUGAGUCUCCAGUCUGAUCCAAGUAUGAAUCAUAACAAACCGCUUGUUAAAAUGAGUGUGAAAAAGCCCGAAUGCGGUACGAACCAAGAGAGUGGCAAUAUACAGGACUAUACGACUGCUACGCUACAGAAAGAACAAAGAGUAUCUGCUGAAAUUUCAGCACCACAGGAUGGACCUCGGUCCAUGGCAUUACAGAGAAGUUCACAGAAUCAGAGCCAGGAGAGAGAAAAUCCGACGCUGCUUCGUCUUACGAAAAUGGAAGCGGAAAGUGGAGGCAGCAGUACACGUAGCUUAGAAGUGUCAGGCUCUGAGCAUUCUGGAAUAGGUUCGAAUGGCACGACGAGUGGGAAGAAGAGCUUAAUGAUGAAGGUCAAAACGGACUUGGGCGACCUUACUCCUGUGAGGUGGGAAAAGGUGGUAAUAGUACAGGUAUCAGUGCAGGGAUUUCGUGAGAUGAUUAGUCAAGCAAAGGAUCUGAUGGAGGACGCAAAGCUCUUGUAUGAACACACUGUGCUGUCUCGACUAGCGUCGGAAUAUGGAGGCCAGGAGAUUUUGAGCCACUCGAGAUCCGGGCUUUUUGUGAUUGCCUUUGCCUCGGAAUUCCACGCUGCUAAGUGGUGCCUAUCGCUGCAGCUCAGUCUUGUGUAUGCUGCAUGGAAUGAUAAGUUGUUAAAGCAAUUUGACAAUAUGAAGGAGAUAUCUGUGACAACGAAUGGGAAAACAAAGAAAAACAUGCUGCUCUACCGAGGCUUUCGUGUUCGGAUGGUCAUUCACACGGCAGACCCUGAUAUAACUCCAGAGUUGUCGCUGUGCGAAGCUGUCAAAUGGACCAAGACAGUUAGCGAGUAUGUACAUGGAGGUCAGAUCGUCCUAAGUGACAGCGUGUGGGAUCGAUUAAAAGAGCAACUUGUCCAGUUAGGCAACCCUGUGGUAGAAGAUUUGGGCUGCCACGCUGUUUUGGGUGACGAAGUGCUACUCAUGCUCCUACUGCCGCGGGAUCUGGAAUUAAGACGCUUUCCGACCUUGAAAAGUCCACACCAGCUAUCGCUUGGCAUGCGAGAUGCUCCAGCCGCACAGAAGCCGGUGACGAUGGUGUUUACGUUUAUUGAAGGAGCUCGACCGCUGGUUCGAUGCCACGCGGAAGAGCUUGCUGAUCGGAUUAAAACCUUGUGUAUGGUUGCUCGUGAGUUACUUCGAAAACACAAUGGCUACGAAUGCCAGGAGUUACAGGGAGAUUUUAUGCUGGCAUUCUUUACGCCUGCAAGUGCGAUAUUGUGGUGCGGGGAGUUCCAAAUACGUAUCCGACAAAAAUUUCGCGAGUGGGAUCUUGAGAACGUGAAUCAGGAGUUACGCUUCUCAAUGUCUAUUGGUAUUGAAACCGGGGUGCCAGCCAGCGUAAGUCCGCACAAAACGAGCGGACGUGCCGAUUACUUUGGCAACAUUGUGAAUCAAACCGCACGAAUUGCUAAAGCAGCACAUGGUGGUCAGGUGCUUAUUGGUAGUGACGCUUGGACUGCUUUUUGCGACGCUCAAGCAAUAUCCUCUAGCCAGCAGAUUAUCAAGAAAGCCGAUAAGAUUAAGGAAAUACCCGGCUCUACAGUUUUGCAGUUCAAGUUUCACGGAUACUAUAGUUUCAAGGGUAUCUUGAAACCAAUUGGUCUCAUUGAAGCAAUACCCGUUGAUGUACAAUCUCCGAUUGCGAGCUCAGACCUUGCGACGCUAUUGCGUGGUCACGUUCCGAAGGCGAAGAAGAUCGAAGAAGCCGCUCUUGCCAAUCAAGCUAAGACGUCCGUGCCAGCUGUUCCUGCGGAGCUGGUUCGGCUUAGCCAUGGUGGCGAGCAACCUAAUAACUCGAUCCGUGAGACGGAGUUUGACUUCAAUCUAUCAUGGGACGACAGCAUAUUUGUGUUUGAGGAUAUCGACGAAGAAGAGGGUGAUAUGGAAGGAGAAAGGCACGGACGCGCUCCAGCUAACCAAAUGGUAUCUGGCAGCGUGGCUCUUGCCAUGCGAAAUAGCACUCUCAAUCACUCUCAACUCAUGGCAUUACUUCGAUUAUCGGGCACGGAGGGCCCCACUACGCCGUCCCAGCCUAGUUCCGCUACCCCUAUGCGGACUGAAGACAUGACUAGAGUAUAA